ACAUCAGUUGUUAAUAAAUUAUAUUAUUAAAAAAAAAAAAAAGUGUGUAAAUAAUAAUAAUUUAUUAUUGUCAAUUGUCAUCAAAACUCAUCAAUAAUCAAGUUGUCGUUUUAUCUAUUCAAUAAAUUUAUUUUUAUCAACAAAGUGUGUGUACGCAUUUAGUUUAAUUUUAUGUUUUUUUAUUAUUAAAUUUUUUGAAAAGUUCAUUCACAUGGUGGUGCUUUUAACAUUAUAAAUAUUAAAUACCUGUAAAUACCCAACUCAAUAGAUUUUUUAAAUUAUUUAGAUAAUAGAAAGAAAAAUCAUUAAAAUAAAAUAACAAAACAAAAAUUACAUAAAGUUGAGUUGAAUAAAUAUGGUAUUGUUGUUGUUGUUGUCUUUACAUUCUACAGGUAUCUAUAAAGAGUUGUUUUGAUGCUUGUGUCAUUCGAAAUUUUAAAUAAAUUAACUGAUGAUGUUGGUGGUGAGGAUGAUGAUGCUGAUGAUGAUGAUGAUGAUGAUUGUGGAGUGUCGACAAUGUGAAAAAUUUGAUACUCAACAAAUAACACAAAAAUAUGUAUCAAAUUAAUAAUCAUAUUAAUAAUAAAAUAAUAACUUGGCAUGUGAGCUAGCCAAGUUUUUAAAAUAAAAUAAAAUAAAACAAAUAAAUAUUAAUCCAUUUAGUUGAAAAAGUUAUCAACAAGAUAAUUAAAUAACAAUUAAUAAAAAUAAUUUGACUGAGAUAAUAAGCACAAUAUUUUUAACAAGUUAACAAGUUUAAAAAUAAAUAAAUUUUAAUAAAAAUGCCACACGUGACGAGAAAAUGGGAAUUAUUUCCUGGAAGAAAUAGAUUUUGUUUUGAUGGAAGAAUAAUGAUGGCACCACAUACAGGUGUUUUUUAUGUAACUGUUGGUUUAAUUGUUGGAACAAGUACUUUAUUUUUUAUUUGCGAUGGUUUAUAUUUGGGUCCAAAAAUAUCAUAUGCAAUACCAAUUAUUGGUGGACUUCUUUUUAUAUUUGUCAUGUCAGCAUUAUUUAGAACGAGUUUUAGUGAUCCUGGUGUUAUACCAAGAGCAACACCAGACGAAGCUGCCUACAUUGAAAAACAAAUUGAAGUACCAAAUGAUGGCAGUUCACCUACACACAGACCACCACCAAGAACUAAAGAAAUAACAGUACGUGGACAAUCUGUUAAAAUUAAAUAUUGUUUUACAUGUAAAAUAUUUAGACCACCAAGAGCAUCACACUGUAGUCUUUGUGAUAAUUGUGUUGAUGGUUUUGAUCAUCAUUGCCCAUGGGUUGGUAAUUGUGUUGGUCGAAGAAAUUAUAGAUAUUUUUAUGCAUUUAUUGUAUCUUUGGCAUUUUUAUGUGUAUAUAUAUUUGCCUGUUCAUUGACACAUUUAAUUAUGCUUUCGGAAAACACAGAUCCAUUUUUGGUUGCUGUUAAAAAAUCACCAGGAAGUGUUGUCGUUGGAAUUAUUUGUUUUUUCUCAAUUUGGAGUAUAUUAGGCCUUGCUGGUUUUCACACUUAUCUUACAGCGAGCAAUCAAACAACAAAUGAAGAUAUAAAAGGUUCAUUUUCAAGUAAAAGAGAAGGUUUAAAUCCAUACAGUCAAGGAAAUAUUUGUGAAAAUUGUUUUUACGUAUUAUGUGGACCAGCACCACCAAGUUUAAUUGAUCGUAGAGGUAUUGUAACACCAGAUUAUCGAGCCGAACAAGAAAGAAGUGCUGAUGAAUAUGUCAUUGCAAAUAAUAAAGCAUAUGGUAGUGUUAAAGUCAAUCAACCACAAUCAAAUGGAUUUGAAUUACCACCAUCAUUACCACCAAUAAGACCAUCAUCACAAGGUGACAACAACGAUUUAAUGGGCUCAAUGAAUAAUCUUGUAUCUGGUCAACGUUCACCACAACAUAUUGAAUCCAUAAACGGCAGUACAACAAAUAGCGUGAGUCAAUUGGUAUCAAAUGAAAUGCAAAUGGCUUCAUUUUAUAUACCACCAAUAGACAUUGAUGAAAUAGCACCAUUGACACAAAAACAAUCAUUAAAUUUACCAAGUGGUUCUGGUUCCACUUUGGCUGCUGCUGCUUCUGCUUCUGCAAAUAUUUUGGAUAAUAAAUUAUCUCAAGUUGCUGUAACAACACCACUAUCAGCAUCGAGACUCAGAUUGCUCCAAGACACAACAAUGAUUGAGUCAGCAUUGGAUCUUGAUUCACUUGAAGAAUCAUCCAGUGUUGGACGUAGUGUCAGUGGUAUUAAUCAUACGGUUAGAAUUUUUUAAAAUAAUAAUAAUAAUAAUAAUAAUUUUAAAUAAUUGUGGGAACAAAUUGAAAUAGAGCAAAUAGAAUUAUUAUUAUUAUUAUUAUUAUUAUUAUAGCCCUCGAUAUCAAUUUUUAAUUUUUUUUUUUAAAUUAAUUUUUAAUAGACAAAAAAAAGAAAAUAAUUAUUAAUGUCAUCAUUUAGAAUAAUAAUUAUUAAAUUAAAUAAUUUUUAACGAAAAUUCAUACGUAGUUCAAUUUAAACUCGACGCAUUUAUUUUAUUUAAUUUUAUUUAAUUUUAUUUAAUUUUGUAGAUAUACUUAUACUUAUAUAAUUUUAAAUUAUAAAUUUUCUUCGUGCCUUAUUAUUUGUUUUAAAUUUGAGCUGCCAAAAACAAAGAAAAUAAAUAAAUUAAUUAAAAUAAUAAAUAAUAAAUUGAGCCGGCACGUAGUGAGAAUAUAAUAAUAACAACAUUAAUUUUAAUUUUUAUUAUUAUUAUUAUUAUAUAUAUAGAAAUAAAAGAAAAGUCACACACACACAACUACACAACCACAUUUGUAUUAAUUAACAGAUGAAAAUUAAUAAAUUUGUUAAUCUUAUACUCAUCACUUGAAUUAAUAAUUUUUUAUAAUAUCGUGCGCACAAUUGAAUUAGUUUUUUAUUUGUUUAAUAAUAAUAAAUAAAUAAAUCAUUAUGAUAAUUUACGAGUUGAAUUUAAUGUACAGUGUUGUUGCUACUGCUACUGCUGUUGUUGUUGUUGUUGUUGGCUAAAGAAUGAAAUAUAAUAUUUAUGUAAAUAGUUUCCAUGACGUUUUAAUAAUUGUCAAAUUGUAAGGACUAAGGACCAGGUUGUAAUGACGAAGAUUGUUGAAUAAUAAUGCAAUAAAUAUGCAUUUGUUUUACAAAAAUAAUAAAUAUAUAUAUAUAAUAUUAA